CUUUCCUUUUUUCUAACUCAACUUUCAAAUCAUCCUUAAAAGAUGCAAACUGUUGCCAAGAUCUUUGUCAUUUCUGGUCCAUCUGGUUCUGGUAAAUCUACUCUAUUGAAACGUCUUUUCCAUGAUUUUCCUGGCACUUUUGGAUUCAGUGUUUCACAUACUACUCGCGAUCCUCGACCUAAGGAAGUGAACGGUGUAGAUUAUCAUUAUGUUACCAAGGAAGUCAUGGAAGCUGAAGUGGCUGAAGGUAAGUUCAUUGAAAGUGCUACCUUCUCUGGUAAUAUGUACGGUACCUCCAUCAAGGCAGUGAAGGAUGUUGUGGAUGCUGGCAAGGUAUGUAUUUUGGAUAUUGAUAUGCAAGGUGUCAAGGCAGUCAAGAACACGGAUUUGAAUCCCAAGUAUAUCUUUAUUCAACCUCCCAGUGUAGAAGUCUUAGAACAACGUUUACGUGGAAGAGGUACUGAAAAGGAAGAAGCUGUGUUGGCGCGUUUGGCUGCCUCCAAAUUGGAAUUGGCUUAUGCUCAAGAACCCAAUGCUUACGAUACCAUCAUUAUCAACGACGAUUUGGAUACUGCUUACAAUAGUUUACAAUCUGCCAUCUUUGAACAACAAUGAUAUUCCUCAAGUAGCCCUCCCUUCUUUGGAUGAUUAGCAUACUUUCAUUGAUCCUCCCCCCUCACUACUACUUCUGCUCUCAUCAAACAUAAACAUUCAUUCAUUUAUUCAUACAUAUAUAGAUUAGAUUCC